CCCAUCAAGAUUUUGAUUUGCCACUUUAGCUUUCAGUCAUCUCUUUGGUUUUCAUUAUUCUCCAUGGACAAUUCUCGCAAUGAUCCAUUUCCAAAGUUGCGCGCCAUCCAUUUCUUCAGCCUAAUUUGAGCUCUACCAUUUGGGACUGGGAGCAUGAACACAUCCUCUCUCCCACCUAGGUAACACGGCGAAGUUAGUGAUGUGUCGUUUAUAAUCUCUUCAUGUUCCAAAAUACUCUAUUUUCAACGUGGAAAUUAUUUUACAAACAUAGUGGAAAUGAAAAUGGAGCAAGUGAGAAGACAAGAGCAAGACUCUGAAGCAAGCAGUUCUAUUGCUAAUGGUACAAUGCAAGGCUCUUUGUAUGAGCAAUCUUUAGAUGGUGAAGACAACACGCUGGUGAAAACCGAGCCAAAUUCUGCCAUGGGGGGUGCUGUGAUCGAAGGGAUCAAAAUAAAAGAGGAAUUCAUCCCAGAAGAACAAGAAGCUGAAGAGAGCCCCUCUUUCAUCUUGCCUAUAGGAGCUGACCAUGUCAAGCAAGAAGUAGAAGACAUUGAAACUCCAAGUAUUGAAGUUACAAGUGUCACUAGCUCAGCAAAUCUUGAUGCCUUUCAAUCCAAUUUGCAGCAUGCAGGUAUUAUCAAAGAAGAAGGAAUGAAUAUCAAAACUGGGAACUUUGAAGCGAAACAUGUUAAUGACUCAUCAGGCACAUUCAAGAAUGAAUGCUCUGCUCAGCUGGUGGAUGUUCAUGAAAACUCAGGUUCUUAUAUAAAAUCUACUCAAAAUAUCGUAUCAGAAAAAUCUUCUGUAGAAGAAUGUUUUGCCACAAAACAAAAGGCAAUUUUUUCGUCAGUCAGAGAUACUGUCAAUACGACUUGCAACCAAAAUUAUUUCCCAAUUGAAAAGAAGGAAUUUAAAAUAGAGACCGAAACGUUUUUAGAUGAUGAGACAAAUUUCUCAUCACAAACUGGAGGACCAAAAGAUUUGUCUUCCUGUACUUCAGAGAAUACAGGAUAUUCUUUUGCCUCAGGAAAACCCCUUAUGCAAUCUGAAUCUGAUUUUUUCGAAAUCAACAGGAGUACAUUUUGUCCUAAGUCAGGAAACAUACACGAAUAUGGCUGUAAACAAUAUCUGAACAGUGGCAUCCAUCAAGAUUCAUCCCAUCAAGAAAGUUCACAAAGGAACCCCUGUUGCAAAUCUCUUGUUGCCAAGAAAAAAUCAAAUAAAAUUAAUUUUACUGGAAUUAGUUCUAUUAAAACGAUGACGACAGCUAAACUGAAGAAAAAUUGGGCGAACAAAACCAACCCACAUCGUAAAGCAAAAAAGCCAAUUGCUCUGCUGAAAAAGUGGGUUUCACCAGAUUGCCGCACUUGUAGACGCUGUGACACCUCUUUUGAGUCAGCAGAGGCCUGUUUACAGCAUGUAGAAAAGCAUAAGAUGGACAAAUUUUUUUGUAAAGUAUGCCCGCUCUCAUUCUUAGAAGAAGAUCCAUACAAAAAACAUCUAAAAACACAUGCUUGUACUCAGUUUACUUGUCAGCAAUGUCAUGCGAUGUUCUGGUCUCGAAGAGGACUUACUGCCCACUCAUCAAAAAAUUGUGCAUCCUUUAAGUGCUUACUCUGUCAAAGUCAUUUCAUCCUAAGAAAUUCUUUCGAAUCCCACCUGAUAGACGCGCAUUUCGGAAAGCCCAUUGAGAAUGAACUGCCUUGUCCACGCUGCAAUCGCUGUUUUAUUGAUCCAGUUCUGCUCCAUGACCACUUGAUAGGACAACACUGUGUCAUUCAUAGAUGUCAUCUGUGUCCAUCAGAAUUCGUUGAUAUUAUUCUUAUUUGGCAUCACAGAGAUGUUAUGCACCGAGGUAGUAAAGUUUUUCAUUGCCCAUACUGUUUUGAUGUUUUCUAUGAAAAAGAGUUGUGGAUGGCACAUGUUCCACUUCACAAUGAUAUGUAUGUCUGCACUGAGUGCUCAGCUAAUUUUGACACGGAAAAAAAAUUGACUCAACACAAAAGAGAAGAGUGUUUGUUCAGACUCCGUCUUUGUCUUUAUUGUGAUGCUAAAUUUAAAACUGAAACGGAGUUGCUGGAUCACAUCAGUCAACUCCAUAACACUAUCUCAGACAGAAAUGGUGACUUUUUUCGAAGGUUACAUUUCAGAGACAAUUAUCCUGUUCAUGGAAAGACUAAUGCUUUGCUAGAUGUUGAGCAAUGUGUUCUCAAAGAUAAGAAUACUGACAAUCAUGAACAGAAUCUAAAGCCGUCUUCAAACAAUGAGCCAACUCCAUUAAUCCAAUGGGCGAUGCAUGAACGACAGGUGCGGUUGAAAAAAAAUAAACGAAAAACCGAACAGAAAUUAAUGCAAAUGGUCGAAUCUUUAAUACUUGGAAAUCCUGUCAGAGUAUUAACUGAGGACCGAGAGGCUACUUCGAAGAAACGUCCUCGAAAACUUCCGUCAACGUGGGAACUUAAAUGCUUUAAGCAAUUUAGUCCGAAACGCCGUGAUAAGAUGAAGCUUAAAAAGAUGGCACAAAAAAUUGUUGCAACAAUGGUUUCAAAUAAUGCUGACAGGAGACAAGCUGUCACUUUUGUUAAUGUAGAAGGAAACAGUGUCAGUUCAUGUGUCCAGGAAACUGGAGCAUCAGACCCGAGCAAACUCAUUAAGCAAGAAGAAAAUGAACCAGACAAAGGCUUCGAGUGUGAGCAGUUUGGAAACCAUUUCAUUUUUGGAAACAUGGAUGCAUAUGAUCCCAUAGCACAAAAGGAGUAUGAAUCAUCUAGGAAUUUUCAGCAUGAUCAAUAUGGUAAAAUGACCCCCAAUUGUACUGAAAAUUCACCCAGUGCAGCAACAGAACCAAUGAAUAUUGAGCCAUUCGACGGAUUUCAUCAUGAACAGUGAAAAUGACUAUCUAUUAAUGUCCUAAGACUCACCAUUCACAUCGUGCUUUAGCUUUUUAAAGCCCUUUUUUUCAAUGGUACAUGCCAUUGUGAAUCCUAAAACUAUGACAACCUAUAGCAUUGACGAAUUACCAGAAGAUAAUUCCCAGCCUUGAAGUCCUCUUUUUUUCCCUGCACUCAUGUUUGAAUAAUUUACCCCUAGACUUUAAGAAGAAACUCAUUUUUCCCUUUUAUUAUAUUUUUUAUUUUAAUAAAAUGAAAUUCCAAAACGGUGUGUUUUCAAAAGUACGAUCACCAGAACUAGGUAUCUUUCUACCAACUGGUUAGGACAAUAAACACUCUUGUCAUCCGUCUCAGAAAUGUAUACUUAAGGGGUGCAUACAUUUCUGUCAAUCUUUAUUUUUCUCAUUCAUCUGAAGAAGCUCAAUGUCAUUUCUUAAAAAACAUAAUAUGUAAGGAAUCAGAUAAACAACAAAAAUAUGUAUUUUUCAUGUCUUUCAUGCACACUUCUCAUUAGGUUUAACGUUUGUUACUCAUAAUUAGCAUUAGAGUUUCAAUAUUUUAUCAGUUUGUGGGGAUUUUAAGUUUUUUUCUUUUUUUCUUAUUUUCUUUUUAAAGCUCAGCAUUCAGCAACGUAAUGAAGAUUCUUAAGUUUUUACCACAGGUCCUUUUCCUUGAACUUUGCAGACACUGCUUUCGUAAAAAUAAUAUAGCAGGAGAGGAUAAUGUGAAUCUUCAGAUCACUUUGUACUAGUGUCAAUUGCUCAAAAAUUAUUUUCUUAAUUUAUCUUUACGUACUAAGUUUGAAGGAAUUGAAUACCACUGAAGUCCUGUGAAAAAUUGCUCGCUCAGAUGGAGUUAGUCUAAAUUAGUUUAAAAAAAGCAAUUUAAAACUAUAUUGGUGCAUGUUACUAUCUUUCUUGUUAGAAUAUAUGAAUUUUGUACACAGUUGAUUUUUCUUUGUUCCCUUGAUAAAUUAUAUAGAC